AUGACGACAAUCAACCCCGAUGCCGGCGGCGUAACAGAAGGCGUCGCGAUGAUGACGGACACCGAGACUGAACCAGGCGUUGCUAUGGGUUUAACAUCGACUGGCCAACAACAAUGGACCCCCAUCGUGAACGCUUCCAUGAGGCCGACGCAGGGGCGUGUAUUUAAAACACUCAACGAAGGAUUACGAUUCUGCAAAGAGGCGACCGGAUCGUAUGCUAAUAUCGGUGCAACCGACGUUGAAUUCCACAAUUUUAAACGGGACGUCCAAAGCUACGUCGAUGUAGCUGAUGGCGAGAUGAUUAUUGCAACAUUCAAGGCAAAGCGCGAAGCUUGUAGUGACUUCUUCUUUGAAUAUGAUCUGGAUGAAGAGCACCGGGUAUCACGACUAUUCUGGGCUGACCCCCUCAGCAGGCGGAAAUUUUCUUGCUAUGGCGACAACAUAUCUUUCGAUGCAACUUAUGGCACGAACAUGUACAGCAUGGUGUUUGUGCCGUUCACUGGUGUGGACAACCACAAGCGAUGCAUCACUUUCGUGGCCGGUCUGUUGACUAAAGAAGACGCUGACUCAUAUAGCUGGUUAUUGAAGCAAUUUAUAUGUGCAAUGGGAAAGAAGCCAGCGUGUGUUGUGACCGACCAAGACCCCGCUAUGCGAAUUGCUAUCGAACGAGUAUUACCAGAGUGCCGCCAUCGCUACUGUAUGUGGCACAUCAUGACAAAGGUUAAUGAAAAGCUCGGCAGUGAGUUAGCUAAGGACAAUGAGUUCCGCAAGAAACUAAAUGCUAUCGUUUGGAAUGAGACAAUCGACCGUGUGGAAUUUGAGGCGAAAUGGCAAAUACUAAUGGAUGAAUACAAUCUAUCGACCCACCGUUGGUUUUGCAAAAUGUAUGCGGAACGAGAUAGUUGGAUCCCGGUUUUUUUUUCAGAUUUGCCCAUGAGUGGGUUGUUGCGUACCACAUCACGAUCAGAAGCAGAGAAUGGCGUAUACGGUAAAUUCACACGCCCACAUUCUAGUUUGGUAGAGUUCUACAUGCAAUUCGAGAGCGUGUUGGGAACACAACGCUACAGGCAAGAUAAAUUGAACGCACAGUGCGAGGGAUACCUGCCAGAGUUUAAAACACCUUUAGCACUCGAGCGACAUAUUGCACAGCUAUUCACAAUCACUAUUUUUUACGAGUUACAGAAAGAAAUAGAAGCUACUUGUUUUUAUUGUUCUGUGGUCGGUGUACGACAAGAUGGGGACAACACUUAUUACGACAUUGAUGGGGUGCCCAGUUGGAACAAUUACCGGCCGAGUACAUUGUUAGCCGUUGGUGCAAACACUUAA